AUGGAGAGUUCCGUGAAGUACAGAGUCUCGUUUCUCGACCUCCCGCCCGAGUUGCUAGACGAGGUCUGUUCCGAUAUCUCGCUAGCCGAGCACAGAUCUCUACGUCUCGCCUGUCGGUAUCUCUACUCGGGCACGAUGCAUUCCUACUACACCAAGGCGUUGCGCAUCACAAAGACAACCCUCAGGCCCAAAUCCCUCAAGCGUCUGGAAUGGAUCGUCGCGGAUGCAGGACGCGCGGCAUACGUGAGGGAACUACAUUUUGUCGACGUGCUUCGCCUCAAGAUUCGCCGUGAGAAGCUCUGGUACUUUAAUGAGCCUUGCCGAGCUGUGGUUCCGCAAUACGCGUCGCAGAGGCUCCAGAAUGCUGUGCGCGGCCUUCCAAAUUGCGACUCGUUUUCGUUUCUGCAUAUAGAACGCAUCUCGAGCUCCGCUCGGUCAUAUGACGCGCCAUCUAUUGCAGCUGCACUUGGCAUCAUCCUCGCCGCUCUUGCAGACUCUGGAAGGAAGAUCAGGGAACUCAGGUUCGACACGGCCGGUGAGUUGUACAGUGCAUUGAUGCCCUUUAUCAAGAUGGACCCGGUCGGAUCUCCGUGUGCUCCGGACCUUUGGUCGAACCUGGAGAGCCUAAACCUUGGUGUGGUGGGGCCGGAGGGUACGCUGCCGGCCGUCAACUUCCCCUUGCACAUCCUGCCAUGUGCGGCAAAUCUGCGCAAGCUGACUCUGCACCUUAACUAUAACAACCACGUCGAGGGCGUCCCCGAGCUUCUGGAGUUGCUCUUCACCACUACAUACCCCUUCCGCCUCGAGAGCCUAGUGCUUUACAGGACGGACGGCAUCGGGAGUGAGUCGCUAAGCAGAUUCCUCCACACGCACUCGCAAACCCUCCGCCAGAUCCGCUUCAGCAGCGUCGGUCUCAGCCACGGAUCCUGGAUGCCCAUCCUUGAGUCCCUCGCUAUCCCGCGCGGAUUCCCCGCCCUGCGAGAUCUCUGCCUGGACGGACUCUUCCAGACUGGCCCCGGCAACACCGGAAUCCUCGACUUUUCCAAGGCCAUGCAGGAUCAACCUGAGGAUGCAACGGGCGGGCACCAGGUCAAGCUCGCUCAUAACACCCGUGAUCGGCAUUCCUGGGCUGAGGAAAGCAUUUGCUACGCGGGGCCCAGGAUGGAUAUUGCACUCAGGAGAAUUGCCGACGGUGCUGUUGUUGAUUGAGGUGUCGUGAGAUAGGAGGUCGACAUAGUUUCUGUUAAUUUACAUCUCGAUAGCGGAGAUAUAGGCUGGUUCGAAGCUGGUGUGGCCGCAGAAAUUCUCUUAUACUGAGAUCUCUUCUCUGAAAAUACGCGUCAUGGCUCUGCUAAACAAUACUAUUAUCUCUACGUAAUGUCUUUUUGUCUCAUCCACGCCAUGACCCUCUCAGAGCGAACCACUGCUUUUGUAUACACAUGUAGAUAAGGCUUAUUUAUAAUCCACAAACUAGAGUUAUCUAACAC